AGAAUUGCUCCCAACUGCAGCUGCGCGAGACCCUGGGUGUGGUCAGGAAAUGGACGCGAGUGGCCACCUUCAUCAAAUCGUGCACUCCCUAUCGGGACAUUUGUCCACUUCUGGUCUCUGAACAGAUUGUCUGACCCAGGGCCCCAUGAGUCAGGGGUCUGAGCCUGAAGGGCUGGUGGGGCAUUUAGGAGCUCGACGGGCACGCUGGUCCAACAGGACUGCUGUCCCCUCUGCCUCCAAGCUUUUCACCUUCUGGAGAAGGCAGUAUGAAUUGCAACGUCCCUUCUCACACCUACUCAGAGGCCAGGCUAGCAUCAGCCCUUUCACCCAAUCCGGCUACAGGAUUCGAGAUAAGGACUUAAAGAAACUUCACAAAGCUACCUCAGUCGGGGAUUUGGGGAAGGUAAAAGAAUACCUUCGUCUCAAGAAACAUGAUGUGAAUGUGCGCGACAAAGAACACAGAACACCUUUGCACCUGGCUUGUGCUAGUGGAUAUUCAGAUAUUGUGUCACUCUUAAUUGAGAAACAAUGCAAAAUAAAUGUUGGGGAUAGUGAAAACAGAUCUCCAUUGACAAAGGCAGUGCAGUGUGAAAAGGAACUUUGUGCUACUAUACUUCUGAAUCAUGGUGCAGAUCCAAAUCUAAAGGACUUAGAUGGCAAUACUGCUCUUCAUUUUGCUGCCUGUGGUCAAAGUGUCUCCUUAGUUGAAAAAUUGCUUGAACACAAAGCUAAUCUGGAAGCUCAAAAUAAGGAUGGGUGUACUCCACUUUUACUUGCUGUCACUAAAAGUAAUACAGAAAUGGUAGAAUUUCUUCUGAAGAGAGGAGCAGAUGUGAAUGCUUCAGAUAAAAAUCAGAGAACAGCCCUGAUGAUUGCUAUUAGUGAUGAACCAACAAAUUUAGUCAGCCUUCUUCUUCAGCAAGAUGUGGACCUGUCUUGCCAAGAUAUUUAUGGAUUCACAGCUGAAGAAUAUGCUUCUUUUAAUGGUUUUACUAUGUAUUAUCAAUUAAUUGCUAAGUAUGGAAAGAAGAAAGCUCAACAAAUACCUGACUCAAAAGAUUCUACUUUGGGCCCUAUAUAUGAUACAGAAGAAUCAAAUGAAAAUGUGUAACCUCAUUUCUACAAAUCCUUUGCUGGUGCCUUGAACUAGGAAACAUUUUGAGAGAACAUUUAAAUAAACUGACACAACACU